AUGGCUACUCACAAAGUUCUCAGUUUUGUCUUCUUCGUUUUAUUGGGCAUAACAAUAUGUUGUGAAUGCCGAUCACUCCUCACUUUUGGAGGAGGAGGCUACAACGAGGGCUCAGGUGGUGUUACAGGAGGGGGUGGCUUUGGCCAUGGUAUUGGUGGUGGUUAUGGAGCUGGUGGUGGGACUGGUUAUGGCCACGGUGGCGGUGCAGGUGCAGGGGGUGGUUAUGGUGGAGGAGGCUAUGGAAAGGGUGGCGGUGCAGGAGCUGGGGUGGUUAUGGUGGAGGAGGUGAAGGCGGAGGUGGCUAUGGAAAGGGAGGUGGUGCUGGAGGUGGAGGUGGUUAUGGAAAGGGCGGCGGUGUAG